AUGCACGGCUAUAGCUCGUCAGAAGAGUCCGAGGACCCCAAGCGACCCAAGGCUGCUCCCUCCAGCUCGAGUACCUCUAACGAUCAGAAGAAGAAGAAGAAGAAGAAGCCUCCGCCGCAGGCGACCAUCAACCGGAUAUGGAAGAAGCUACAGGCGAGCCAGCCUACAAUUCCGCUCGCAGUUCUUCCGGCGGUCGAAGAGUGCCGCCGCAAGGUCCGCAAGAUCAUCAAGGAGUGCAGACGUGUGAACACACGCUAUCGAGAUCCGGGCUGGGAUCUGGAUUGGGACCUCAAAAUGGAAAAAGGCAACUGCCUCAACUAUCUCGGACACGAAACCUAUGAGGUCGGCUACCCGCCGUCGUCGAGCGCCAAUCUGCCCAAAGCCGUCAAGCGCGUGCACGAGAUCUUCGAGAAUCCCACUUUUAUGAAGAGUGUGAGCAGCUCCGAGAUCGUCCAAGGCAGCAUCGGAAACUGUUGGGCAGUCGCCGCCCUCUCCGCGCUUGCCGACGUCAAGGACGGUAUCCAGCAGCUCUGUGUUGAGUACGAUACUCGUGUUGGUAUCUACGGAUUCGUCUUUUAUCGAGAUGGCGAAUGGGUCUAUUCUAUCAUUGACGACAAACUAUACUUGAAGUCGCCGAACUGGGACUGCCCAAGCCUGCAGCGCCAGCUUCUGACGCAGAUCGAUCGUGAGGACAUUGAGCUGCAUUAUCGGAAGACGUACCAAACCGGCUCCAAGGCCCUAUUUUUCGGCAAGAACAAGGAUCAAAAUGAGACUUGGCUACCUCUCUUGGAGAAGGCCUAUGCCAAGGCUCACGGAGACUAUGCGUCUCUCAUUGGAGGUUGGAUCGGCGAGGGCCUCGAGGAUAUGACUGGCGGCGUCACAACCGAGCUGCUUGCUUCGGAUAUCCUCGACACCGACGCCUUUUGGGAUGAUGAGCUCUCCAAAGUCAACAAGGAGUUCAUGUUCGGCUGCUCCACCGGCCUCCUCGACGGAGGUUACGGCAGCCGCGACGGCAUCACUGAACGCCACGCCUACGGCGUCAUGGACGCCAGGACCCUAAAGUCCGGCCAGCGUCUUGUAAAACUCCGGAACCCCUGGGGAAAGGCCCGGAAGGGUGUCUGGGAGGGCGCCUGGGGCGACGGCUCCAAAGAGUGGACCACCGAUGUUCAGCAGGAACUCGGUCACCAAUUUGGUAAUGAUUCCGUUUUCUGGAUCUCCUAUGAGGAUCUCCUUAGCAAAUAUCAGCACUUUGACCGCACUCGCCUCUUCCGCGAGAAUGACUGGGGUUGCUGCCAACGCUGGAUCGGCGUCGACGUGCCCUGGAAGGCGAGUUACCACGAAAAGUUUCACAUCAAGCUUACCAAGGACUCGCCCUUGGUCCUCGUUCUCUCCCAACUCGAUCGGAGGUACUUCAAGGGGCUUGAGGGCCAGUACAACUUCCGUCUGCAGUUCCGCGUUCACGAGCAGGGCCACCUCGGUGCCGAGGACUACAUUGUCCGCUCCCACGGCAACUAUCUCAUGACGCGGUCCGUUUCCAUUGAGAUUCCCGACAUGCCUGCCGGAAACUACACCGUCUACAUCCUGGUCACCGCCGAGCGCAAUACCGACAAGCCCUCGGUCGAUGAAGUCGUGAAGCGCGAGUGCAAGAAGCGCGUGGAGAAUGAGAAGCUCGCCCAGGUCGGCUACGCCUACGACCUCGCCCACUCCAAGGCCCAUCACCACAUCGAGAAGGUGAGGGAGAUGCGCAAGACCGCCAACCAGAACAAGGCGAGCGGCUGCCGCAUGUCGGAGAGGCGGAAGCAGUGGGAGAGGCGCCGUGCCGAGCGCACGAUCAAGCGCAAGCAGCUUGACAAGAAUGAAGCGAAGAAGGCUAGGUUGUUAGCUGAGCGAGAUGCGGCCCAUCGAAAGACGGUCGAGGAACACAACGAAGCCGAGGCUCAGACGAGCGAAGACGCUUCAUCUUCUUCAGACGACCAGGAAGAGCAGCCUGCAAAGGCCGUCGUCACCAAGACGGAAGAAACAGUUCCCGCCGCAGCCGCGCAAGCUACGCCUACCGAGGAGAAGUCCACGGACAAUGCCGAGCCUGCCGCCUCCAAGGAGGAAGACCAGCCCAGCACCGACAAGCCGGCCACUUUCGAAGCCAAGAAAGGCGAGGGAUCCUCGGCGCUGCCCCUCGGAGCCU